CCUCCCGGUGCACCCUGCCAAGAAGCGGAAACACUCCGAGUCACCCCCCAACACCCUCAAUGCACAGAUGCUCAACGGGCUGAUAAAGCAGGAGCCAGGUAUGGGGUCCGUGCCACUCAACCCUGACAGAGUCCAAACGCCUCCCUGGCACCAGCCGGGAGCGCUUUCACCAGGCCUGAUUCAAGAUAACGACAGCUUGAACGGCUCCUACCUGGAUCCCAACUACCAGUCCAUCAAGUGGCAGCCCCAUCAACAGAACAAGUGGGCAACUCUGUAUGAUGCCAACUACAAAGAACUCCCGAUGCUCACGUACCGCGUAGAUGCUGACAAGGGGUUCAACUUCUCGGUGGGUGACGACGCCUUUGUGUGCCAGAAGAAGAAUCACUUCCAGGUCACGGUCUACAUCGGCAUGCUUGGAGAUCCCAAGUAUGUGAAGACCCCCGAGGGCCUGAAACCCUUAGAGUGCUUCUACCUGAAGCUGCACGGAGUGAAGCUAGAGGCCUUGAACCAGUCGAUCAAUAUAGAGCAGUCGCAGUCUGACCGCAGCAAACGGCCCUUCAACCCCGUCACGGUCAACCUGCCUCCAGAGCAGGUCACCAAGGUCACCGUGGGGCGGCUGCACUUCAGCGAGACCACCGCCAACAACAUGCGGAAGAAAGGCAAACCCAACCCAGACCAGAGGUAUUUCAUGCUCGUGGUAGCCUUGCAGGCACACGCGCAGAACCAGAACUACACGCUGGCAGCCCACAUCUCUGAGCGCAUCAUUGUCAGAGCCUCCAACCCCGGCCAAUUUGAGAGCGACAGCGAUGUGCUCUGGCAGCGGGCACAGCUCCCCGAUACUGUUUUUCACCACGGCCGGGUUGGCAUCAACACGGACCGCCCCGAUGAAGCCCUUGUGGUCCACGGUAACGUGAAGGUCAUGGGUUCGCUGAUGCACCCUUCAGACGUCCGAGUGAAGGAGGACAUCCAGGAGGUGGAUACCACAGAGCAGCUGAAGAGGAUCUCCCGUAUGCGGCUAGUACACUACAACUACAAGCCCGAGUUUGCGGCCACGGUGGGCAUUGACAACACCUCUGAGACAGGCGUCAUUGCUCAGGAGGUAAAGGAGAUCCUCCCUGAAGCUGUGAAGGACACCGGGGACCUGGUCUUUUCCAAUGGGAAGACCCUUGAGAACUUCCUGGUGGUGAACAAGGAGCGCAUCUUCAUGGAGAACGUGGGAGCCGUGAAGGAGCUGUGCAAACUGACAGACAACCUGGAGACCCGCAUCGAUGAGCUGGAGAGGUGGAGUCACAAGCUGGCCAAGCUCAAGCGGCUGGACAGCAUGAAGUCAACCGUGAGCUCUGGGGCGUUCAGCCAAACAGGAAGCCAGUUCAGCCGCGCGGGAAGCGUGCCCCACAAAAAAAGACCCCACAAAGCAGCCAGCAAGUCGCCGUCAGUGGUCCCGGAACAGGCCUGCAUCAGCCAGCGCUUCCUGCAGGGCACCAUCAUUGCCCUGGUCAUCAUCAUGGCAUUCAGCGUGGUGUCCAUGUCCACGCUCUACGUGCUGAGCUUGCGCAGCGAAGAGGACCUUGUGGAUAUCGAUGGGUCAAGCCAGAGCUUUGACAAAACGCAGACGGUGCGAUCCACAGCUGCGCCGAGCGGAGCCGGCGGCAGGACCCCCACGCACCACGUCACAGAGGACACGCACGACGCAGUCUUCGGCUUACCUGGUCACAGCGUGCUAGCCUGCUUCAGCCCACCGUGUUUCUCCGUGUGCUGCUCUGCUGCUCCCACCAACGUCUCCUCUGUUGCCCUCUCUGAGGCCAGCCCCACUCAUGCCACUAACCGGACAGACCAAAGUCAGACCUCACUCCUGCCAGUGACAAAUAUCAAAGCCAAAUCCAGGGGCAUCACGGGGAAAGCGACAUCCUACACCAAGUGGCCAAAGACGCCUGACAGGUCUCAGAGCUUCGGCAGCCCCAAUGCCAGCCCCUCCUCCCCCUUCACCCACAGCCAGGGCAAAUCCAAGUACAUCUCCAACCUCUCGCUCUCCCGCAGCAACUCGCCGCUGGGGCAGGCCCGGCAGCAGCGCAGCAUCAAGCAGCCGGUGAGCGAGUGGCCCCGCACGCAGGAUCCCGGUACGGAUGGGCCAAGCCCAGUGCUGCACUCCGUCCGGAUCGUGGAAAUCAAUAUGGCCAUCCAGUCCCAGUACUGCGCAGCCGCCGAUGCAUGCAGGGCUGGAAACUUCACCUACCGCAUCCCCGUCAACCAGCUCACAGCAGUCAACACCAACCUGACGCUGGAGAUGAACUCCUCCUCCGCUGUGUCCGUCUCCCUUUGCGGCCUCGUCGCCAGCGACCCGUGCCAGGAUGCUGCGAGCACGAACAGCUUAGCUGCCGAUGCCACAGACGCACAGGAAACGAUGCACCGUUGGCCUCUCGUGAUGAUGCCAUUCCGGGAGUUUACCUACCACUUCCGAGUAGCACAGCCUGGCCGAGCCAACUGCAGCACUGCUCCCGAGCAGAUGGGACACUUUUUCACUGACUAUUAUUUUCAGUUUUACUGGCUCUGUGAGUGA